CCGUUGGUCGGCAGACGUUCGAAGGGCUUCGAAGAAUAUACACCACCUGAAAAGGCGUGAAGGAUUUUCGUGUGUGUGUUUCGCUGGAGCACCAGCGCUCCGCGGAAGUGAAGCGAACCGUGCAAGGAAGUGGAGCAAACCGAAGUACAAAGAACCGAAAAAACGCCAUGGGACGGCGUGGACUAGUGCCGGAUAUUGACUGAUUCCGUCGACUUCAGUCCACGGCUCGGCUCGUGGCUUCCGUUUCGGUGGGUUUGGUUUCGUGUCCGAUCGCUCCGAGACUCGUCGGACCCUAGACUCCAACAGCCCGAAUACACACGGUUCCCCCGGCCAUCUUCCUGCUCGGUACCCCGAAGCGGCAUCCUUCUAGCCGGCCUCAUGGCGGGACGCGGGACUCCGAAGGUCCUGCGGAUGAGACCUGCCCUGUGCGCGAUGCCACCGUUGCUGCUGCUGCUGCUGCUGAUGGUGGUGGUGGCCCUCGCUGGCGUCGACUCGUACACGGUGCCCCGCGACACCGACAUCCUGCUGGCGGACGGGUUCUUCAAGCGCAUGAGAGACCUGUUCGCCGAACGAGCCUACGAGGACACACUCAGCUCGGGCGGUGCGGCCGGUGGCCAAGAGAUGGCCGACGAAGCGGGUCCACCAGUGCCGGUCGAUAUGUCGCACCUGGAUAGUCCCCCGAAACCGAAGCUGGUGGAGGACUGGCCGAAGGUGAAACACACGUUCGGCCAGGUCACGGCCGUCGCCAUCGACCUGCAGGGAAAUCCGGUCAUCUUCCACCGUGCGAGUCGCACGUGGACCGCGGAGAGCUUCAACGAGAGCAAUCACUACCAGCAGAUUGCGGCCGGUCCGAUCCCGGAGAGCACGAUCGCGACCCUGUCGGCCGCGGACGGUGCGGUGGUGGACGAGCGGGCGGCCGGUAUCUUCUACAUGCCGCACGGUCUCACGAUCGACCGAAGCGGCAACAUGUGGCUGACGGAUGUGGCACUGCACCAGGUGUUCAAGUUCAUGCCGGGCCGGGACUAUCCGAGCAUCACGCUCGGCCGUCGCUUCGAGCCCGGCUCGUCCAAGAGCCACCUGUGCAAACCGACCGCCGUGGCCAUCGCCAGCACCGGCGAGAUCUUCGUGGCGGACGGUUACUGCAACAGCCGGCUGCUGAAGUACAAUGCGGCCGGCCGGCUGAUCCGCACGAUUCCGCAGCCGCCCGAGUUCCUGUCGCUGCAGACGCCGCACGGGUUGGCGCUGCUCGAGCACCUGGACAUGGUUUGCGUGGCCGAUCGGGAGAACAUGCGCGUGGUGUGUCCGCGGGCCGGCCUGCAGUCGUCGUACGGUGAGGGUACGCAGGCUGCCACCAUCCAGGAGCCGGACCUGGGCCGCGUGUUUGACGUGGCCGCCUACGGAGAUCUGGUGUACGCGGUGAACGGACCGACUUCGCCGAUGAUCCCGGUGCGCGGUUUCACCAUCGAUCCGCGCUCGGAAACCAUCAUCGAUCACUGGGGCAAGUUCGAGAACCCGCACUCGAUCACGUUCUGCCCGAACGGGUCGGCCAUGUACGUGACCGAGAUUGGCCCGAACCGGGUGUGGAAGUUCACGCUCACCAUGUAAGGCGGUGCCGAAAUCGUCUCCCCCGACGGACAGGUCCCUUCCGGUGGUGUUAGCACGCGCAUUGCGGCAUGCCCGAUCGCCGACGUCUGCGCCGCGACGUCGCCGACGUGACCACAAGUUAGCCCUCGAAAUACAGCAACCACAACAGCAAGCAACCAACCAGUCGCCAAGGAAGGCGCCCGCGACGACAAACGAGACCAGCGACCAGACCAGCGAACAUCAUCGGGAGGAUCGGAGCAAUGCCCGGCAAAGCGAUUGAAAGCACCGGGAAGGGACCGGUCGGUCAGGGAGCUCAUCAGAAGGAAACCCAUCAGCGCAACGGACUGCGCACAGUGACAGCUUUCCGCAGGACAGCGCGGGACGGUUCCCAACGCUUGCUAUCUCCAGCCGGCAAGGGUUGGUUUCCGGCCUGCCACUGUUCCGUGCGCAACAUUCAAAGUGACCGCGUUGAACCGCGAGAUGUAAUCCCGAAUCCCAAAAACCCUUGAUCAUUUGGACGAACUUUGAACGCAGCAUAAGUGUAAAGCUGGCGGACGGAGAAAAGACCGAACUAAUAUAUCAACACGUAGACGGCAAAGAAUUAGCCACCAUCUUAAGCGUAGACAACUAGUGAGCCGUACAGUUUCUGUAGUCUGAAAAAGUAUGCGCAUAAUAUCGUCAAUUUUUCGCUACAUUUUGAGGCAAUUCUUCAACGCCAAUGCAAACUACACGCACCGCAGCAACUCUGGCGGAUAACUGGCAGCAAUGGCUGAAUGAAUGAGAAGAUCGUUCAAAUCGAAUCGUCUUAGAAUCGUCAACUAUCAUGAACCAAUCUAUAGAUCAAAUAGUGAUUUAUACACCGGCACACCGCACACAUGCAAUUUUCAGGAGUACAGGCUUUUAUAUUUGUACGAGCGACGAUGAUUGAUAGCAUAUGGAGGCCGCUUUUUGCGGAACGGUGAAGCGAUGCACGCAAUAGUAAAAGCGGCACACUGAAUGGAGUGCAUGAACGUUUCCAGGAUCCUUUGUAGAGCCUUGUCACGCUCUGGGCGAGGAAGCAGCAACAAUAAUAAUAUUAAUCAUAUGAAUUGUAUUAUUAAGACAACCCGACCCCCAACCUUCAGAGCAGCACGCAUCCUGGAAGCGGACAUUUGCAGACAGCCCCCGGAAAUAGGGUCAGCAGAGAAAGAAACUGUUUCAAGGAAAAGCCAACAACAAUAAAAAGCCACCACAUCGCAAAACGUGCACGUGUAUGGAGCAAAUAUUGUUUAUCUUUAUAAUAGAAAACAUGUAACUCACACCAAGCAUAUUACCGCGCUGAAAGAGAAGAUGAAACGAAUAGCAACGUUGAUGAUACUAAUCUAUUGUAGCAGCGCAUCAGUUAAGCUAAUCAGUUAGGCCCAGCUGCUCGUGGUCACAAACGCGAGGCAGGGAACACUUUCUUAUACCGUAGAUUGUUGCGGCCAAGGUCGCGUGUAGUAGAGAGUUGCGUAAAACAGUAGAGAGCACACACCAUCAGCAGAAAGCGCUAUGGAUACGCCAGAGAUAUGCCGUUAGUAUUAAUAUCGACACAUAACCAGCAAAUGCAGCGCAAUGAGUAGUAACCUUUCUACGGGCAACAUAUUUUUAUACGAAGGUAGAAUAAUUGCAAACCCUUUUUGAAAAGGAAAACAUUUACGCAAGAGGCAGAAAAAGUGAAAUAAUCAAACACACACACAGUCAGACACAAACGGAGGACAAUCGCCGAGGAUGAUUGUACCGGGCGCACCAACAUCACGUGCCCAGGAAUUGAAGAAGAUCAAGUUUUUGCAAAGUUUUGUACAUCAGCCCUCCCCCGCCGCCCAGAAAGCGGCCGAGGGCGCCAUCGUUUCACACUGUAUUCGUACCGAGUUCCUACACACUCUCGUUUUGAGGUACUGUGUAAAAGCGUUGAGUUUUCCUUGUUUUUUCCCCUAUAUACAAGCAAACGUUUUCCAAACACUUUAUAUCUUCCCAAUUGUAGCGCCAAUUUCGGUAGACAGAAUAUAUAAAUAUAUUUAACCAUCCCCACUGGAGCACAUACCAAACAUUUGGGAACAAAAGUACUAACAACAGAGAUAGUGGCGACACAAAACACACAAAUUAUGGUUUCCUGCCUAACGGCGACGUGGCACGUGUUUUAGUGAAUUUAUGAGCAAGAGAAAAAAGAUUAAUCCACUUAUUAGCGAUUGAAUUGAAUAUAUCUACGGUAACGUCUAUGUCACUACCAUCCCCAAUUAUUGCAUGUAACACUAUAAAAUAUACGUACUAUACGUGCUGCGAUAAAGGAGAUAAAUCAUAUUACGCAUAUUAUCCGUACCGUAUAGCAAACACAAACAUAUACAAACAAAUAUAUAUAUGAACACAUGGCAACAAUAACCUUCGAAUUGUUGGGGAAUUUUGAUAGCUCAACCGACACACACCAAUACUGCUUGCUCCGUUUCGAAGGUCUUUAGUCACUAUGGUUCCGUUUUCACAUUUCUGGCUCGUUGAUAGAAUACGAACUACUAGAUGAAAAUGAUACACAAAAGAAUACUUGUUUUCACCAUUUGCCAACACAGCCGCCGGAACCGCUUCCAUACCGAAACGCGCUCCACGAAGCGAGCAAUGGACGCUGGAACGUCCUGUCGGGGGAAGUGAAAGGACGAUAAAGAGUGUCCUACUCCGGCGUUCGAAAAAAGACAAGCGACCGAAGAAACCAGAACACACCAGAAUUUCCUAGCUUCUUUACCACACAAACACCUUACCUUUAUACAGAUGCAAACAAGUUGAAUAAAUAAAAUAGUUUAUUUUACAGCCUUU